AUGGAAGACCCGCCCUUCGCCUGGUCGUACACAUGUCCGGAAGCUGGUGCUCUUCAACCCUGUUCAAACUCCACAUCUAGGGGCUUCAAUCCUGUCAGAAAAGCUGCAAAAGAACGAGACGAUCCGGAACUACUCUUCCUCAACGGCCAUCCUUCCUCUGGUUGGCUCAACACUAUCGGCCACAAGUACGAGGUCGACAUGCGCUUUUUCCAGCAGCAUCUACGUUCCAUCAAGCCUCCUGUAUAUCAGUAUGCCGAUCCUUCUCUUCCUUCGAGCUCUCGUCAUUUCCUGAAGCUGAGUGUACCCACGAUUGGUACUCUCUCCAAUGCGUUGGAAGAUGUCUUUAAAGCCCGAAUGCUGCUUGCGGAGAAUCUCAGAGAUCAGCUUCGUGAGAACAAUAUAAGAACCCCCCCUAUCGGACAGCCUAUUAUUCGGAGAGCAUAUUUGCACAACCGGAAACAAUAUACCUUCUUGCAAGAGGUUUCGAUGUGCUUGCUGGGAGGUAAUGGUGCAUGGACGGUACUCAUCUGGACUGAUGCUGGUGGUGAUGACGAAGAUCCGGAUCUGUCCUUCCUGUUCAAGCACGCGUCCCGGAAACCUCAACCCGACUCCGAACUUUGCCCUACCGUAUUCAAUCGAUCCGAAUGGCAUGACGGGCCGGCCCCUCCCCCAGCCGCUUCUUCAAAGAAGCGCUUCACCGCGACUCAGACUUUCAACAGUCUACACAAGGAGUACGGCAGGAGUCUGAAUCCCCAACGAAUGAGGGAACAUCCUUUCUAUGCUGUCAGCGAGAUCUAUGCAUUUGCUGCGGCAGCCGAGGACCAGUUAUUGAACAUGAUGAAGGAGAUCAUCGAUGAGCGCAUGUACGCCUUAGUGAAAGUGGACAUGCAAAAUGAGCCUUCGUCAAAGGCUCUCUCUGAGCGGAUCAACCUGCAGUGUGAUCUGUCCGUCCUCGAGGAACGUUCCGAUCGCAUUAGCGACAUCAUCGCGUUUCUCAAGGCAGCUGAUGACCCAGUCUGGUUUCCUCCAUUCGCAAAUCCUACACCGAACGGACCCAUCAUGACGGCACGGAUGAACCUCUUGCAGGAUUUUCAGUACCUCUAUACUCGAAUUAGACAGCUCAUUCAGCGCUGUGAGAGGGCCAUGGAAAUCGUUGCGCACAAUGCCUCGCUGUCGGAAGCGAAGCGAUCGAACUCGCAGUCCAAAAAUCUGGAACACCUAACACGAUUGACGACGGGGUUGACAUUGGUCUACGUGCCACUUUCAUUCGUAUGCACCUUCUUUGGCAUGAACUUUUCAAUCUUCGGGCAGGGCGAUCUACCCAUCUGGAUCUUUUUUGCGAUCAGUGUUCCAGUGUUGUUGAUCUUGUUGAUCAUUCUUCUAUGGAAAUUGACUAGCCGUUCGAAGAAAGAAGCUUCCUAA